GCUCCUGCUCCUGCUCCUGCUCCUGCUCCUGCUCCUGCUCCUGCUCCUGCUCCUGCUCCUGCUCCUGCUCCUGCUCCUGCUCCUGCUCCUGCUCCUGCUCCUGCUCCUGCUCCUGCUCCCGCUCCCGCUCCCGCUCCCGCUCCCGCUCCAGCUCCAGCUCCAGCUCCUGCUCCUGCUCCUGCUCCAGCUCCAGCUGCUGCUCCAGCUCCUGCUCCAGCUCCAGCUCCUGCCAAUCCAGAGGGGGUCGAGGGUGAAGAGGCCUCCCCUCCUCCUCCUCCCCCCGUCGUCUACUUCCGCUACACCGAUGACACGCUAAGAGAUACAAUCAAGAGGUUAAGAGAGCGCAGAGAGGUGCUCAAACAGAAAGCCAUAGACCCUUAUGCCACUUCUCCAGAAAUCACCCCUCCUAGCGCUCUGGACCUCAGACUGGGGCAAAGGUUCACCUUUCAACAGGACAACGACCCUAAGCACACAGCCACGAUAACAAAGGAGUGGCUUCGGGACAAGUCUGUGAAUGUCCUUGAGUGCCUCAGCCAGAGCCCAGACUUGAACCGGAUUGAACAUCUCUGGAGAGAUCUGAAAAUGGCUGUGCACCGACGCUCCCCAUCCAACCUGAUGGAGCUUGAGACGAUCUGCAAAGAAGAAUCGGAGAAACUACCCAAAGAAAGGUACCACAACGACACCAUUAACUGCUUCUGGAUACUGUUGGACAUUCUGAGUGACAUAGUGAAUGUGAUCGACACUAUAUGGCAUCCUAUAUGACUGCAGCUCGUCAAAGCCGGGGACAUUAUUAAAGACAGAAGCAUGGCUAAAGUACAUUAUCGGCAGUGGCUCGCCACUGAUUAUCGGAAAUCAUAUCGAUUUAAGUUGGAUAUCCUCAGCAUCCUCCCGUUUGACCUCCUCUGCCUGCAGUUGGUAUCCUCAGUGUACCGAAUCAACCGCUUUGGUAGGAUCGAGUCGUUCUUUGAGUUCAGCGAUCGACUUGAUGUCAUGGCCGAGGCCUACAUCUGGAGAGUGAUUCGCACCACAGGUUACCUGCUCUUCGUUCUCCAUCUCAACGCCUGCAUUUACUACGUUGCUUCAGUAAACCAGGGUCUGGGGUCCACCACAUGGGUUUAUGAUGGGAAGGGCAAUGCGUACAUUCGUUGUUACUACUACGGAGUGCGCAGUCUGAUCAACAUCGGGGGUCUUCCAGAGCCCGUUACCGUCUUUGAGAUUACCUUUCAGAUGUCCAACUUCUUCAUUGGCGUCUUUGUGUUCUCCAGUUUGAUUGGACAGAUGAGAGACGUGAUAGGAGCAGCCACAGCAGGCGUGACGUAUUUCCGGGCAUCAAUGGACGGCUGCGUUGACUACAUGAACACCUACACCAUCCCCAAGGAGGUCCAGAACAGAGUCCGGACCUGGUACAACUACACCUGGGCAGCUCAGGGCAUGCUGGAUGAGUCGGAGCUGCUGGACAAGAUGCCUAUGGUGAUGAGAACUGCCAUCGCUGUGGACAUCAACAUGGCCACCUUCCAGAAGAUCGCACUGUUUCAGGGCUGCGACCAUCAGAUGUUGCUGGACAUGUUGUUGAGGCUCAAGUCUAUCGUCUAUCUACCCGGAGACUUUGUUGUGUGUGGGGACAUUGGGAAAGAGAUGUACAUCAUCAAAGGGGGAGCGGUGCAGGUGGUGGGGGGGCCGGACAACAGCAUUGUGUUUGUCACCCUGAAGGCUGGCUGUGUGUUUGGAGAAAUCAGUUUACUACAGUCUGCCAAAGAUGGAGGGAACAGGCGCACAGCUAACGUGAAGGCGCAUGGCUUCGCUAACCUCUUCGUCCUGGAGAAGAAAGACCUGUUUGAUAUCCUCGUCCAUUACCCAGAGUCUCAGAAAGUGUUGGCCAGGAAGGGCAGGGCCCUGACCAAAGCCAAAGGUCCUCCAGGUCCUAAGGAGGACAAUAUUAAAGGAGGCACUAUGUUUGGACGAAAACCGCAGACUCCCAAGAUAAUUAAACUCUUCGCUAUGUUACGCAAAGGGACAGCGGCGAAGGUAAAGUAGCAUUGUUCAUAACAAAAUGCCUAAAGACAAUGUAACAACUAGUACAAGACUUUCAGCAUUGUCUCUUCUCUCUUUCAGAAAUAAGAGUGGACGAGUGAUGCUGCCAUCUCUACACUUUCUAAUCUGUCACCAUCAUUUUGUGUAGUUCACUUUACACAGGCACCUGUAAAUACAGCUUCAAAUGAUUCACCUUGUUAACCUUUGUGUCUGAUUAAUCUGAUCAGUAGCCAAAUCUGUGAAAAAUAAUUUGCAUAUCUAUUACUCACUCUGUGCUAUCUUAAGCUCUCAAUGAAAGAGAGCGGUCAAUACUAGUGAGCAUUAAACGCACGAGUCUCUAAACAGAUGUUGUAAUAUAGGUUUGCUAUUUUUACAAAUGGUUAUCAGUUAACGUUUCCUUGAACAUGUUUUAAGAUGUACAUGUUGCUUUAUUUUUAAUAUAAAA